GUCAAGUCACGGCGCCAGAAUUAAUUAACGCAACCUCUUUCCGUACAGCCGACUCAAAGGUCAAAGUUCAGACAAACAAAAUGUUACUUUUUCAAUGGCGUAUUUUGGGCAACGUCAGAGUGAAUGGAGACACGCAGGAGUGUGUGUGUGUGUGUGUGUGUGUGUGUGUGUGUGUGUGUGUGUCCAAUUCUAGCUUUUUCUUAUUAAUAAUGCAGAGCCAUUUGAGACGAUGAGCUGAAUUCAGGAAGAGCAGGAACAGGAAUGAAGUGGGGGAAAGAAAAGAAAACAUGUCCUUGUUUUUAUUUCAUUUACACGCGUUUGCCUUCAUGAAUAUGCAAAACGUGGGGCGGAGUCAAUGCAAAUCAGCACAUCCACUACGUUUCUGCAUGUGAUGACUGUAAUAUUACUGCAGUAAAUAGAAAGAAAUGUAAAAAAAAAAAAAAAACAAUUUAAAAGUCUAAUAUUUUCUUCUCAUUGGCCUUAUGAAGCAUGCUUUUUGUUGUUGUUGAAUAACAUGAAGAACAUACAGUGUAUGUUUUUAAAUAUUCAUAAUAAUAUUGUUAGCAUCCUAAUGACCGUCUCUGAAUUAUGAGUUGUUAUAAUUUUUUUGUUCACUAAAUAGUGUAUUUUUUUACUUCAAAGUAAAAAAUGAGCUUCAAUAAAUUCUUUUUGCGAAGGUUUAAUAUGACAAAUUAUUAUUAUUAUUAUUAUUAUUAUUAUUAUUAUUAUUAUUAUUAUUAAUGGCAACUUCGGUUUAUUUUUUCACAAUUUUUAGUCAUUAGAGUUUGGGAAUAAUUCUCUUCUGAAUAUUUUUAUGACCUUUUUUUUUUCUUUUUAAAUUUAAAGUCAAGAUUAGUAAGGAUUAAAGUUUGAAAUCCUCUUGUAUUUUUUUUUAAUAAUAAUAAUAAAAAUACAGGGGUAUUAGUUGGACUGUUACUCAUCUGGGGUUGAGCCCAGAUUCUUUUGCAUCAAAAAGCUUUUAAAAAUAUACUUCUAUAUAGAUUGUUUCCAUGCAAUAUAUUUUCUUGCAUGUGAGGUCUAAUUGCUUUUUUAAAAAUGUAAAGAAAAUUGGACAAAAAAGUUGGAUUUACUGGGCUACAGUAGUUUGGUGUCGCUAGCCAAGAGGAGGUACAGCAUUGUAUGGGUUUAGCUGCUAAAGUGCCAUGCAAAGUACAUUAUCUGUCCUAAUGCUCUUCUCAUAUCAUGUUCAUGUAAACUGAAACUCUUAUAGACAUUUACACUCCUUGUUUUCCUGCUCAGUACAGGCCCAGAGAGGUCAUCGAGAGAAUCGGGAGAAUUCCCGCUGGGCCGCUCUGCCCACUCUUAAAUUGGGCCUGGAGACUCUCCUGCUUUCUCUUCGUUUUUUCACACACACACAUGCAGAAAAUCGUAUACGUGUUACUCUAAGUUACUGUGUGACUGAUAACUAAGCUAGUUACACUAGAUUGGAAUUUAAAUCAGCGCGUGAUCACACCGCGCAGUACGCACGCUCUAUCUCUUUCUCAAACACGAGCGCGUGUACCUGGGUCGUUGCCAUGGAGAUAUAUAAACAAAACAAAACCAUCAUUUAAUGCUGUGGCGUGAAUUACGGAGAUAAUCACAGGAAGGAUAAAAUCUAUGGUAAAAAGAGGAGCUGAAAAAGCCAGGUUAAAAAAAAUAAGGCAUUGGAGGAUGACGCGGCCAAAUGUGGCAGAUAUUUUUUCGAGACGACAAACGAGCACGCGGGAACUGGCGACUCAAGGAGCUCAGACGGUUCCCUCAGGACCUGCACUCCAUCUGAGGAGGUGGCAUUGAUCUUAUUACCCAGAAUUCCCUAGGAGAACACAUGAUGAGAUGAAUGACACAGGAAGAGCCUUCAUCUCUGGACGAGGAAGCUGAUAAACCAUGGAGCGGUUCGUUUUGUGCAUGAUGCUGUUGGGGGUUCUGGUGCGAGGACAGCAGUGCCCAGGCCGAUGUAUCUGCCAGACCAUCUCGCCCACCCUGACCUUGCUUUGUGCCAAGACUGGACUCCUCUUUGUGCCGCACACUAUUGACCGCAAGACCGUAGAGUUGAGGCUCACGGACAACUUCAUCACGGCUGUCCGUAGGAAGGACUUUAUAAACAUGACGAGUCUGGUGCACCUGACACUGUCCCGCAAUACCAUAAGCCAGAUUGCACCUCAUGCCUUCGUUGGACUCAAAGCAUUAAGGGCGCUUCACAUGGAUGGCAACCGACUGACUGAUAUAAAGAAUGACCAGCUGAAAGGUUUGGUCAACCUUCGGCAUCUCAUCCUGGGAAACAACCAGAUCCACCAUAUCGACCCUUCCUCCUUCGACGAGUUUGUUUCCACAAUUGAGGAUUUGGAUUUGUCUUACAACAACCUGAGGACGUUGCCAUGGGAGGCUAUAGCCAGGAUGACCAACAUCAACACACUAACUUUGGAUCACAAUCUUAUUGAUCACAUAGGAGCUGGAACAUUCACGCUACUCACCAAACUGGUCCGCUUGGACAUGACAUCCAACCGUUUGCAGAAGCUGCCUCCAGACUCCCUCUUCCAACACGCUCAAGUGCUGUCUGAUCCUAAGGGGUCCUCUAGUUCCUCUAGGCUGACGGUGAGUUUUGGUGGGAACCCGCUCCACUGUAACUGCGAGCUGCUGUGGUUGCGCAGGCUCACCCGAAAGGAUGACCUGGAGACUUGCGCCUCACCUGAUCAACUUAUGGACAAGUACUUCUGGUCCAUCCAGGAGGAGGAGUUUAUCUGUGAACCCCCACUCAUUAUCAAGCACCACGUCACUAAGCCAUACGUGAUGGAAGGCCAAGGUGUCACGCUCAAGUGUAAGGCCAUGGGUGAUCCAGAUCCUACCAUUCACUGGCGCUUUCCUGAUGGAAAGCUGGUCCACAAUAACUCACGUACUAUCCUGUAUGACAACGGCACUCUGGACAUCCUGAUAACAACCUUGAAAGACAGCGGGGCGUUCAACUGUGUCGCCUCGAACGCCGCUGGAAUCGCCACGGCAGCCGUAGAGAUAAACAUGAUCCCACUGCCGUUGUUCGUGAACAACACCAGUCACAUGAAAGAGGCUGACCCUGGCCUGUCUGACAUCACCACCUCCACCAAAUCUGGCAGCAAUGACACCAAGCAACAGGACAAGAGAGUAGUGGUGGAUGAGCUGACCUCCAAUUCAGCCAUGAUCCACUGGCCUUCGGAGAGGCACAUUCCUGGAAUAAGGAUGUACCAGAUCCAGUAUAACAGUACUAUGGAUGACACUUUGGUCUACAGGAUGAUUCCCUCAGAGAGCAAGACAUUCCGGAUCAACGACCUGGCGGCAGGACGUGAAUACGAGCUGUGUGUCCUUGCCGUGUACGAUGAUGGCAUCACGUCCCUCACUGCCACACGUGUGGUGGGCUGUGUCCACUUUCGUACUGCGCCUGAGACCGGACAGUGCCAGUUUGCUCAAGCGCAGUUCCUGGGUGGCACCAUGAUCAUCAUCAUCGGUGGCGUCAUCGUGGCCUCUGUGCUCGUCUUCAUCGUCAUCCUGAUGAUCCGAUACAAGGCCUAUGGCACGGCCGAUUCCUCCAAGGUCAAAGGUGGAACGUCUGGAAGCAUCCACCAGUCGGUUCGCGCCAAGAAACAGGAGCAUGUGCGCGAGUCUCCGGUUGGUACAGAUUGCCAUGCUAUUGCGCUACUUAGCCUUGAGAAUGAGACUCAGGGGGAAGCGAAGGCACUGACACCUCCGGUUAACUCGGAGGUGGCGGGUUUGGCUCUUGUACCUGCUCCACCCAUUCCACCAUCCCGCAGGGCAAGUUUAGGAGCCCCGCCUUCAGACGAUGCCCAGACGGACAGCAGCCUGACAGGCUCCACCAUGUCGCUUUGCCCCAUGGGCACCAGCACAAGUGACAGGGACAGGAAGCGGACACCAGUGGCCAUUGGGUUGCUGCCCGGUGAGCUGGCGAGGGCGAGGCACCGCUUCUCCUUUGAUGGGGACUACACGCUCUUCCAGAGCCACAGCUACCCGAGACGGGCCCGUGCCCGCCGCCACAAAUCCAGCUCGCAGCUCGAUGUCUCGCCUCCGACUGAACGCCGCAUCACGUUCAGCAGCAGCACUGAGUGGAUGCUCGAGAGCACAGUGUGAACAAACACAUACACUGUGGGGUCCCAAACUCAA